AUGGACAAUCUGUCAGAUGCUGAACGACAACACAUUCAGAAUGUACUUGAGAGGGCUGAUAGUCGCACUCCAUACACGAUUAAAGUACCGUUGUCACAUCAGCUGACUGCACGUACUGAGUCGUUCCAAUCGUCCGAUGCCAUCUCAAUCGCUGUUUCGCGAAAUUCACUAGACGACGGCAUCGAUGCGCAGAUUCAGUCUCUUGACGACGCCAUUCGAAGAAUGUCGGCGGGACCCGCCGAGAGCUCUCAAAGUCCUCCUCAGGACCUGCCGAAGCCGCCGAAGACCGAAGAAGUGGGUGAAGCGUUGGACGCCACAACAGCGGCUUCGAGGGAAAUAGAAGCGGCAAAGUCUGCAUCUCCAGAAGCUCCUUUGCCAUCCACGUCCUCAUACGAGGGAUUUGGAUCAUUUUUGAGAAAAGCAAGCUCAGCAAUCUUCCAUGCAGCUGAUAUCUGGAGUAAAGAGCCAGCUAGCGAAACACGAUCGCCAUCUCCUUCAGCGGCAUCUGCUUCGAACAUGGAGGAGAUCGAGCAAAUUCAAAAACAGGCCAAGUUGGCUGAAAGAGGGGCAGAUGGCGGUCGUGCUCUCCACCCCGCUACCUCCGAUAGCCUCCAGGCUAGAAAAACCGAUUACGGCAAGGCCCUAGGGACUGAUUCAAGGACAGCAGUCAAAAGUGGAGGGGAAAGCGAGUUGACGUUCGAAGAGCUGGAACACAUAAGAAGGGUCAGUGAAUUGGCUGAGAAGGAUUUCACGAUGAUGUCCGGCAGAGCUGAACCUCCAAAGAGCCCUAGGCCAACAGAAGCCGGGAAGCAAGGUGGAGGCGAACUCACGCAGGAUGAACUAGACCACAUUAACCGCGUCGCUCAAAUGGCCAUGCACGAUGAAGGGCGAGCUGCGCCUGCUAAGGGAAGCCAAACCGCUUCAGUUGCCUCUCCUUCUAGUUCAUUGCUUUCUGCCGAUGAGCUGCACGAACGCCGGUCUGUCUCUGAUGUUUCUCCAUCGUCGUCUUUCAUGUUCUCCAUGAAACGCUUCUCUGGAUUUGGAUUGCAAUCCUUGAAGAAUGUCGUGUACGGAGCUGAAGAACCAAAAAGUCCCGUCCCAGAUGUAGCUGGUGGUACAACCAAGGUACUAGUGGAACCGCAGAUUGCUCCUCCUCAGCCAUCGGUGGAACCCCACGAUGUCCAUCAAGAAGAGCUGAAAGGAUCUUCCGACGCUCGUCGAGAACAACUUGGCCAAACUGACGCCGUGGGUCUUCCACCGCCCCCAACGCAGGAGCCUCCCAUGUUGUCCCAAGAGGAGCUCGAUCAUAUUAACAGAAUCACUCAAAGAGCGAUGGAGCAGGAGAGAAAACAGUACGAGGAACGUCCUCAGGCUGCACCCUCAACGUCAACUUCAAUAUUUGGGGCAAAAUCCCUUACCGGAUUCGGCUUUAAAGCCUUCAAAGGUGUCAUGCAUAAGGCCGAAGAAGCUCGAACGGCGUUAGAAGAUUUAACGGUGAAGCAGGAAGUUCACCCGUCACCUGCUGCUGUUCAGGCAGAACCACCGCAGCUCACCCAAGAGGAGCUGGACCAUAUCAACAGAAUCAAUCAAAUGGCGGCAGCAAGUGAAGAAGUCCAUGGACCACCUUCUGUUCCCAAACAGGAGCCUCCCGAGCUUACCCAAGAAGAGCUAGACCACAUUAACAGAGUGGCCCAAAUGGCGAUGGAGACUGAAUCAUGGCAAGAAACUCGUCCUAAACCUCCUGUUCCCGAGCAUCCACCAGAAAUCACUCAAGAAGAGCUGGACCAUAUCCGCAGAAUUAAUGAAAUGGCAGCGAGAGAAGAAAGCAGGGAGGGGCUUCGUCAACGGUCCUCUGUCACAUCUCCUCGACGUGACGGACCGGAACGAAAAGAGUCGGAGAGGCCCUCAGAGCCUCUAGCUGAGCCUCGACCUCCUCAAUCACAUUUGGCUGAACCAGUGAAAGAACAUGAACCACAUUCUCCUACUUCCAUAUUCGACGCGAAAUCCAUCACUGGAUUUGGUUUCAAAGCUUUCAAAGGCGUCAUGCAAAAGGCAGAGGGUGCACGAACGGCCUUUGAAGACUUAACGAUGAGACAAGACGCCCGUAUACCGCCGCCACCUGAGGAGGUACCCUCGCAGCUAACCCAAGAGGAGCUGGACCACAUCAACAGAAUCAACCAGAUGGCCAUGGAGGGGGAAGAAAAGGUUCAAGCUCAGCAGCAACCAUCAGUUUCGCCAUUUGAGCGAACUGAACUUACUCAAGAAGAACUGGACCACAUCAAUCGAAUUGCUCAGAUGGCGAAAGAAGAAGAAAGCCAUCGAGAACUCCCCCCGAAAGUAACGGAUAGAAAUGUGUCGCAGAUAGGUAGACCCCCUUCUGAGCCUCAACCACCUCUGGAGGCGCCAAGAGAAGAACUGCCACCUGCUUCACCUCGUGCUUCUGUUUCACUUUUUGAUACAAAAUCUUUCACUGGGUUCGGUAUGAAAGCCUUCAAAGGCGUAAUACAGAAGGCAGAAGAAGCCCGGACCGCAUUCGAAGACCUGACGACAAAGCAAGAAACUCCUUCCCCACUUCCUCCCCCUGUGGAGGAACCGGCCGGUCUCACUCAGGAAGAACUCGACCACAUAAAUAGAAUCAACCAGAUGGCUCUGCAAGAUGGUGGCGCACAACAGGGUCGUCUUUCUCCCAUGGCUGUCGCUAGUGGAGCUCCAGAGCUGACUCAAGAAGAGUUAGACCACAUCAAUAGAAUCACCCAAAUGGCUAUGGAGGAGGAUAUCAGGCUUCAGGAAGUUGAAGGCGAGGAGUCCAUGUAUGACGAGGAAUCGCUGAGCGAAGACGUAUCGGACGAGCAAUCCACAGAAACCGAGAUGGCUUCAGAGGGAUCCGUUGAGGAGGACCAACCAAGUCCAUCUCUUUUGGACUCUUCUAUCUUCAGUACCAAAACUCUUACAGGUUUUGGUAUCAAAGCUUUCAAAGGAGUUAUGCAGAAAGCGGAAGAAGCCCGGACAACCUUUGAAGAUUUGGCGACAAAGCGGGACGCUCACUCACCACCAUCAUCUCUUCCUGCGGAGGUAGCUUCAGAGCUUACUCAAGAGGAGCUAGACCACAUCAAUAGAAUAAACCAGAUGGCCAUGGAGGAUGAGACAGUGCGAGAGGCUCGGCAGCAGCUCCCAGUUUCACCAUUUGAACCCACUCAAGAGGAGCUCGAUCACAUCAACAGAGUCGCUCUGAUGGACGAAAGAAGAGGACGGCAGGCAAGGAGGUCGCCAACAGCCUCCUAUUCCCCAGGAACAAGCUGA